AUGGACAAUGAGGUCGACCCGGGCGUGGCCGUGACCCCGACGUCGCCGAUGGCAGCGGCGCCGACCGACCGGCCAUCAAGCGCCUUGGGUGCAACUGGCGCUGGCAGCCGGCACGGCCUUCUUCGGACCUUGUCGUCGCCGCUGUCUCUCUUGUUCCCAGGCGGCGUCGUGCCACCUCCCAACAGCCCCGUGGCAUCGACGCAUGCUUCGCCGACCGACGACGCCAGCGACACGGCGUCGCUCUUGCUAGAUCAAGACGAUGGGCCAGAGCCAGUGCGUGCAGCGACCGACGAGUCGUCGUCCGACGACCAGCUGCGGUCCGAGAUGCGGCAGCUCUUUCGGCGCUUCCAGAACGUCCUGCCCUUCUCGAUCUUGCUGCUCUUGUACCUCUCGUACCAGCACACGAAGGGCAUUGCCGGCUUUGUCAUUGGCACGAUCGCGAUCGUUACGCUCGACAUUCGGUUCCGCGAGCAAGUCGCGCUCAAGGACAAGUCGAGCGUCUGCUCGCUUCUUGGCAUCAUCGUCGUGUGCCUCAUCGACCUCUUUGCGAUUGCGUCCCUCAACGGCGACAUCACGCCCUACGACACGUUCCUCAAGAAGCUCGACGACAAGCAAGCCGGCAGCCUCGGCGACGUGCUCUGGGCCGUCAUGGCCAACGACUACAUUUUGCGCUUCAUGGGCAUGACGUGCAAGGCGCUCGUCGCGAUCACAAAGCUCGAGAAGCUCGCACCGCUCUGCGGCCGUGGUCCCAACGUCAACGUCGCCUCCAUGUACCGGCGCAAGCGCAAACUCUACGCGCUCAUUGAGUUUACCACGCUCUUCCUGCGCACGAUGGUCGCCGCAAUUCCGUGGUGCUCCUACUACCAGGCGUGUGCGUCGAAAAUCGUAGCCGACGUCUUUGCCCUUGCGUAUCUCGGCUUCAAGGGGUAUGUGCUUGGCGGCCAAGCUCAAAAGAUCUACGAUGUGCUCAAGUCGCUCGUGACCUUCUCGCUCGAGUUUGGAGCGUACGUGACGCCCGCAGCGCUCGCAGAGGCCGGCAACCCCGAGUGUUCGAUCUGCUACGACGCCAUGCACACGCCGGUCCAGCUCCGCUGUUCGCACAUGUUUUGCGAAGAGUGCGUCUGCGAGUGGUUUGACCGCGAGCGCAACUGCCCGCUGUGUCGUGCCGAUGUCGCAUCGCCGGCCCCCUCGGCGUCGGCGUCGUCGUCGUCGUCGUCCGAGACCAAGCCGUUGUACCUCGAUGGCGGCACGCCGUUGAUUCCGCAGUUCUUAUAA